UCAAAACGUCACGUGACGUUUCUGCAGGAACAUUCUUCCUGCAACAUGAAAAGCUCCAUCGAACAGGAGAAACUGCUCACAUCGGGCAGUGAAGGUCGUCGUUCGACGCCUAGCAAGCUCUCUACACUGAGAAAGUUUCUGUUCGGUGUGGGAGGUGCAGCGUCGAUGAUGGCAGGAACAGUUCUCGGGUUCUAUCUUCAGAUAUUUCUUUUGGAAACAGCACAAUUGUCUCCAGGUUAUGCAUCUAUAGUCGUCUUUGUUGGUAAGUUAUGGGAUGCAAUUACUGACCCUCUGGUCGGAUUUUGGUCAAGCAAAACAAACACAAGAAUGGGAAGAAUGAGACCAUGGCUACUGGUUUCCUCAGUGCCGAUGGUCGCUGCAUACAUCGCAGUCUGGUUUGUGCCGCCAGGAAAUCAGGCAACCAAGACGGUCUACUAUGUGCUUGUGUACUGUAGCUAUCAGACGUUUAUGUCGGGUUUUCACGUUCCCUACACCGCUCUCACAGUGUACCUAAGUACCGACAGCAAAGAACGAGACUCUGCCACUGCUUUCAGAAUGGUGUCUGAAGCAAUGAGAACUCUUAUUGGGGCGGUUACCCAGGGUGUAUGCAUAUCUAUUAUUGUUGACAAAUCGUCAGAAUGCAUAGAUUAUAAAGACGAGCCUAAUGCAUAUUUAUCACAAGAGAAAACAGCAUACUUCACCAGUGCCUGCAUUAUUGGUAUUCUCAUGCUGAUAUCUGCACUAUCGCCUUUCUUUGGUGUCAGAGAAGUCAAAGAUGCUGCAGUUACACACGAACCCCUUGGAUUCUUCAAGAGCCUUUGUUACACCUUCAAGCAGCGUCCGUUUGUCUAUUUGAUGUUGAUGUACUUGUGUGCUUGGUUGAUGGUCUCGCUUGUACAAACCAACCUGGCUCUAUAUGUUCACUAUGUGUUGGACAUGGAAAGCGAAUUUCAGUAUGGUAUUAUACUUUUGCUGGUUGUGGUAGUGCUCUCAAUCCCUCUAUGGCAGCUUUCUAUUCUCCGAUUAGGCAAAAAGGCCUCGUUCGUCAUUGGAAUAACGUGUACGCUUCCAGGACUGUUUCUCUUGUUGUAUAUCACCAAAGAAUACAAAGACUUAUUAUGGGUAACAGCCAUCAUAAGUGGAGUUGGAACCGGCUCUGCCUUUUUGGUUCCUUGGUCGAUGUUGCCUGAUGCAAUCGAUGAGGCUGCGGCAAGAGACGGGAGUCGUUGUUCUAUGCAUUCUUUGUGUUUUGGCAGAAGUUCUCGAGUGGUAUUGCAUUGGGAUUGUCGACUCUGGCUCUACAAAUAUUCGGCAAAUACGAAACAGGAAAGUGUAUGCAACCGUGGACAGUUGCUCUCACACUUGGACUCUUAAUAUCAUCUGGCCCAAUUUUGCUGAUAAUUCUGAGCUACUACUUCACCUGGAAGUAUCCAAUAACAGAGCAAAAGCGUUUCGAAAUCAAGCAACUCCUCGAGAGUAGAAGAAACGCCAAAGCAAUAAAAUCGAAUCAGACGAGCACAAACAGAACGUCCAAUUCGAAGACACAAUAUAAACACGAGUCACACGUGUGUGAGACAGUAAUGGGCAAAGAAGAUACCGAGACAUCGAGAGAGACAUAAUGACCAACGUCGACGGCAACCAAAAUCACACACACAUGUACACCACAAGUUAUAACAUUUUGGUACUAAUCGACUGUACAAUAAGAUAAAUUUGAAUCAAUUGUGAUUGAUUGUGUAUUCAUUAUUGACUAAUUUGGAAGGUCAGAUGCCAUUGUGCAAGUUGUACGAAUACGGCAUCAUGCAAAAUUCACGAUUCUGUCUUC